AUGGAUUCGAUAUUGUCUAAUAAAAUUUGGGAACUUGUCGAUCUACCACCCGGAUCCAAACCUAUUGGAUCUUUGAUAUAUGACUUGCAUGAUCAUCAAAUGGAUGUUAAGACGACAUUCUUAAACGGGAAUUUCAAUGAGGAGGUCUAUAUGGAACAACUCGAAGGAUUUGUUCUACCUGGAAAUGAAGAUAAGAACCCUUUUCAAAGAGCUGCAGAGAUGAACAUUGCCGGCCCUUCAUGGAUGAACACUACCUCAAUGUAUGAAGAAGAAAUGCAUGAUGAGCCUGGAAUUCCAACAAUCAUCACAUGGACUCAUGGUGGCAGGGAAGUUUAUGUGGUGGGAUCAUGGGAUAAUUGGAGAAAAAGCUAUGGUGGUUGGAUCACGCUCUACAUCGGCCUAACAUUAGUUGCUAUAGAUAUCCCAGUUGAUCAAGAAAUGAACAUUAUAGAAGGGAAGCGCAUGAGGAGUUGUGAUUAUUCCCAACAGCGCAUGAGGCGAACAAGGGAGGAGUUCGUUGUUAUGAGAAAAAUUCCUGCAGGAGUUUAUCAAUACAGGUUCAUUGUUGAUAGACAGUGGAGGUAUGCCCCUGACAUCCCGUGGGAGCUGGAUGGAUCAGGCAAUGCUUGCAACAUUUUAGAUGUGAAGGAUUAUGUCCCAGACGUCACCAAGAGCAUUGCCAGUUUUGAAUCGCCUGAAUCCCCAGAUUCCAGCUACAACAACUCGUACCCCGGCCCUGAGCACUAUGAGAAGGAUCCUCCAAUGGUUCCUCCACAUCUGGAGUAUACUUUGCUCAACGCUCCAUCGCCUCACAUGGAGAUUCCACCUCCUCUUUCAAAACCUCAACCCGGGGUGCUGGACCAUCUAUACAUGCAGAACAAUGCGAGCAACCCAUCUGUCGUUGCACUCGGUUCGACUACUCGGUUCCAUUCCAAAUAUGUGACAGUUGUUCUUUACAAAUCAACACAGACACGGGGGUGAAAAGUGGAAGUGGACUCGUGUAUCAUCUUUUUUAGUGUAAUUGGUAUCGUAAAGGCAUAAACAGUGUGUAUGAGGCUAAUUCCUUGUUUGGACAUUGGAGAAAGGCCAUAUGUAUACUUUUAAACCUGGCCUCUUAGCCCUUAGUUUUUGUGUUUUGUUUUUCCUGUCUCUCUCUCUCUCCACAGCUACCUCUAAUCAAGAUUUUCGCCCGCUGGUUGAGAAAGAA